AUGACCACUCUCAUGCAGUCUCUACCAGCCUCCACCGUUCGCAAGCAGUCAACGGCCAUGUCAGGCUAUCUUCAGCGCGCUGCGCAGCCCGUUGCUUCCUCAGGGAUACGUAGCACAGUGUCUUCCAACUGCUUCCAAUCUAGAUUGAUCAGCUCUCAAGCAGCUUUUCAGAUCCAACGCGUCUUCCCCAGAUCUUCCGUCUGCACGCAGCAACGCCGGACAUUCCUCGCCCAAUUGAAACGUCAAUCCCAGACCCUCAGAGAGAAUAGCACCCCAACAAUCACACCUCCCCCAGCGGCCGCCAAACUGUCCCUCACAAACCUGCCCUACUUCGUCCGUCGAACCCCCUCGAACCAACUACCCGUCUAUCUCGUUACCAAAGCUGGCGGGACAAAGCAGCAAACCAAGAUUCAGAAGACAGAAGGUGAUUUAGACGCUUUCAGGCGCGACCUUGCCGUGUACCUGGGACUCGAGUCUCCCGAUCGCAAUGCCCCUAAGAGCCCAGACAUCACAAUCAACCGACUAAAUGGACACAUCAUCGUUAAGGGCUGGCGAAAACCCGAAAUCCAAAAGUUCAUGCUUGAGCGUAAUUUUUAA